AUGAGAGAUGAUACCGUACCGCUGGUUGCAGAAAAACUGCCGAUUAUAUCACUUACUUGGGACGAACUUAAAUCAGUUUUGUCUUGGAACAACAUUUACAACAACAUUAUACAGGGCGAUUCGAACUAUUUUUAUUAUGUAUCUGCGUUGACAUUCAUAACACUGUACAUUGUACUAUAUAUAUACUACAAACGGGAAUCAUACAUUUUACACUACUAUCUGCUGGACUUUUCACAUUUAAAUUUGCCAAGAAAAAAAUGUGUUCUGACCUACCGUCAAUACAAGGAAAAGAUAAUAUGA